CCGCUGGCCCGAGUUUCUGGCGGGUUUGGGAUGGCCUGGAGUGCUCAGCAGUUCUUCGGUAGAGCUGUGAACGGGCACGAGAAAGGUCUUGCUGGUGGAUGCGCGGAAGGACCGCGAACUGACCUGUACUUUGCUAGUGUGCCGGCCAACUGGAACGAGGCCGAAAUCAAGGCAUUUCAUCAGGACAUCGGCGGGGACGCCUCGCACAUUCGGGGCUGCAAGCUCCUUCAUCAGCGGCAAGGCCUAUCAAGCCGUGCUGCCAUUGUCAAGUACGUCUCUCAAGAGGCGGCGCAGUACGCCCUGAAUCUCUGUCGAGGCAGUACUGUCAACAUGGAGGUUCGUUUUGCCGAAGAGAAG